AGAACAUUUUAGGAUGGAGGGUGUAUAUGUUUUUCAAAUUAAAAUCGGUUAAAAGACAUACACAACAAACACACGUCACAACCCGACCUUAGCUCAGUUGGCAGAGCGGAGGACUGUAGUAUGAAAGCUGAUAUCCUUAGGUCGCUGGUUCGAAUCCGGCAGCAUUGUGAGGAAGAGGUUUUCAGACAUCUCAUCCUCUCUCCCACACCUCAAAUCCCCCCUCCAUCUCCUCCCCCACCACAAUCGCGACUUCGCGGAUCACCUCGUCAAGGAAAAUGUCGCGUUGGCGAGACUCGUGCAAGAGAGGAAUUCGACAUUUACGCAACUUUAAAAAAAAAAAAAAAUGAUGUGGACAACAAGAUAAUAGAAGCCAAUGGGAUUGAGAUGAGGAAAUUGAAACUGGGUGCUCAGAAAGUGCAGUUGCAGAACUGGAAACUUGCUCAAUCCAACACUCACAUGGCGACGGAACUUCACUUUAAUAAAGAAAAGGUUAAGGCCCUUCAACAUGAGCUUGUAUGCAAGGAAGCCAUACUCAAAGCAAAGACAAAUGAGGAUAAGAGGGGUGAAGUUGGAGAAUCUACACCGUAUGUUGAUGAUGCCAAAUCAGUUAAAAGCAACAUGAAGUUUCAAGUCACGAGGAGAAAAUCAAUGGUCCAUUCAACUCCUUGCCAACAAGUUGCAGCAAAGGGAAUCUCAGAUAACAAACAAAAUUUAUUGAGAAGGCAAUCCACUGAAUGUUGUGCUGAACUGCAGAUUGUUGUUGUUAGAGCAUUGGCAAUGGCGAGGCAAAUGCCCGCCACGCCAUGCCACAUCAGCAGCGGUUCCUUCGUGCCUCUUCCAAACUGAGGGUUUUAAAACCCUCUCCAUGUGGCGCAAUGAAAAAGAGACAUGUGA